UAGUGUGUUAUUGGUCAACAGGAUUCUACAUGCACCCAUGAGUACCCAAUCAUGGACCUGACUGUGAGACUAAGUUAUCGAGCAACCAAGUUUGAAUUUUGGCCACCAAUGAUCACCAAUCCUUGCCUUAAUGGUGAAAGAAGAAAACUGACGAAGUUAAAAUCACAAAGAGGAAACAACAACUUUUCGGCCUUCCGUAUUCAGUUUCAUGGGCUUUUUAUACAACUAUUGUAACGGCACGGCUGAGAAGAUUGAAAUUGGUACAUGUAACCAGUGCAUCACGAGUAGGAGGGGUGGCAGCGCCAAAGCCAAGGCAAUUUGAGUCAAACAGAAGUGUGGCACUUUAUAUUAAAGAAGUGAAACUAUGAGUGACUACAUUCCCCCUGGAGCAGCUGGGGGUCCACCCCCCUCCUCGCUACCCUCCGAUGAUGGGGAGGGAGGUUUUGAUGAACAGUUUGUAUCGCCAUUGGAUGACAGAUAUAGAUGUCCAGUUUGUAUAUUAAUUCUCAGAGAACCAAGGCAAACAGGAUGUGGACAUAGAUUUUGUAACUACUGCAUCACAUUAAAGUUAAGAGAGCCAAGCCCCAAAUGUCCAAUAGAUGGUGAAGAGCUAACACAAAAUGAGGUGUUUCCUGACCUUUUCUGCAAAAGGGAGAUUCUUAUGUCCAAAGUUUACUGUAGAUUUAAGAAGAAUGGAUGCCAAGAAAUUGUUCUGUUGAGAAAUUUAGAGGCCCAUAUAAACGAGUGUGAAUAUGCCAUUAUUGACUGCAUCUUUAAGGAAGCCGGAUGCAUAGUAACUGUUCAGAGACGCCACCUUCCCCACCAUCUGGAGUCAGAGUGCAACUACAGACAGGAACAAUGCAGUUUCUGUGGGGAACUUGUGGCUGUGUCACAGCUCGAGGACCAUGAGAGACAAGUUUGUGCAAAUAUUCCAGUAAUAUGCCCCAACAACUGUGGGACAACCAACAUUCAAAGAGCACAGCUGGAAGAACACUUCAAAGUUUGCCCAGUUGCUGAAGCAGAAUGUAGCUUCAGUUCACAUGGUUGUCAUUUCAAGGGGAGAAGAUCAGCUUUACAAGACCAUGAGUCUCAGUCCAUGACAGAGCACUUUGAAUUGGUAACCAGAAGUCUAGGCUCUUUGGAGCUGGAACAUUCAAGAACUAAGAGAGAAUUGCAGGAAAAGAACAAUGAGACAGAAGUACUAAAAGAAAAGGUUAAACAACAGGAAGCUGAAGUUGCAAGUAUGAAGCAAAGUAACAGCAAACAGGAAGCCAAGAUUGCAGCCCUACAGAAAAUGAUGGCGAGUCAGACUGACAGGCAGAUAAAUAUAGAGCAAGGACUUGGAAGUACAGCAAAGAAAGAGGAGGUGGAUCAGCAGAAGAGAGAACUGUCUUCAGUAAAGGAACAAGUGAAGAGGCUCGACAACAGAGUCAACAGUCUGGAGUCACGAGGGGGAGGUGCCAGCAGCAAGGGAGAUGGAUAUUCAGGUGUAAUGGAAACUCAACUGAAUGCUCAUGACAGACAACUCGGCAUCCACGAUGUCCGACUGGCUGAGAUGGACCUCCGCUUCCAGAUCCUGGAGACAGCCAGCUUUGAUGGCACCCUUCUGUGGAAGAUCAAGGACUACACCAGGAGGAAGCACGAGGCAGUGACUGGGAGAACCCUGUCCCUCUACAGCCAACCCUUCUACACAUCUCAGUUUGGCUAUAAGAUGUGUGCCAGGGUGUACCUGAAUGGGGAUGGUAUGGGGAAGGGUACCCACAUGUCCCUGUUCUUUGUAGUCAUGCGGGGGGAAUAUGAUGCUCUUUUGCCCUGGCCCUUUAGACAGAAAGUAACCCUGAUGCUUCUAGACCAGGAUCAGGGCAGGCGCCACCUGUCGGAUACGUUCCGCCCUGACCCGACCAGCAGCAGCUUUAAGCGCCCUACCAGCGACAUGAACAUCGCUUCAGGCUGCCCACUGUUUGUGUCACAGUCAGUGGCUGAGUCAAAAACAUACUUGAACGAUGACACCAUCUUCAUCAAAGUCAUUGUUGAUUGCUCAGACCUUGUUAGUCCAUAACAAUAGCACUGUUUAAGCCGUAGAGUGGCCAAUGAUUUGGGAUUACGAGCAGAUAAUCCUGCUUGAUUUGUUACUCCCCAAGUCACUGGCCACUCUGAAACUCUUGAAUCUGCAAACACAAGUUAUCAGUGCCAAGGGAAGGAGGAGAGCAAACCCUUCACACACAGAAUAGCUCAAUGCUCUGCUACAUUUAGAAGGAGAGGGACAGCACCACUUAUUUUUAGAAGGUUGACUGACAGUGGCUCAGGUUCUGCCUCUGUUUCAUGUCACAGAAUUUAAGACUGCCUGCAGGAAGUGCUACUGCUCAAAACUUUUAUUUCUCUGUUCCCUUGGUACUAAAUUAUCUUUGGAAUGUUGGACAUCUGUGCUGUACAGCCCAUUCCUUUUCUAUAGUAAAAAGCCCCCAAAUAGACAAGCUAUCUUAUAAUACAAUGCAGAGCUGCUUCUAGUCAAUGUUGCUUUGUUCAAUGAAAGACUGCAUUUUUAAGAUCUUGAGGCUAACUUAGCUGCUAAGGCAUCUUCCCACCUUUGCAACAACUGACAUGCUUGCUUGCUUCACUUUCUUCUAUCUGGUUUUGUUGAAUGUUUUCUCCUUGGUUUAGUUACUUUUCUUUGUUGUCCAGCUCUUUACCUAUAAAUAUGUUACAGAUUCAAGAACAAAGACGUAUUCUUGGAUUCAAGAGUUCUUGGAUUCAAGACCUUCCACAACAUAAUUAAUAGUUUUAUUCAUUUGAAGGUGUAGAUUGUUGAACAAUGGUGGAA